AUGAACCAUGGCCGCUUGGUGCGGCGGCUGCUGCUCCCGCUGGCCCUGGGGCUCCCGCUGCUGCUGCUGCCGCUGCCCGGCGCGUCCCCGGCUGCUCGGCUGGGCCUGGGCUGCGUCCUGCUGCUCGGGCUGCUCCGAGCGCUGCUUCCCCGCGCUGCUCUCCCCGUUGACGGGAAGGCAGUGCUAAUAACAGGCUGUGACAAAGGGUUUGGACAUGCCUUGGCAAAGCAGCUGCAUGCACAGGGAUUCACUGUCUUUGCUGGCUGUUUGCUGGCGGGUGAGAAUGGAGAUGGUGCCAGGGAGCUGGAGAGCAUUAAAUCGGAUCGCAUGAAAGUGCUGCAGCUAAAUGUGUGCAGUGACCAGGAAGUGGCUCAGGCUGUGGAGUUUGUGAAGAACAAUCUGAAAGAGCCGGAGAAAGGGCUCUGGGGCUUGGUGAAUAACGCUGGAGUAUCAGCCUUCGGAGAGGUGGAAUUCACCAGCAUAGACAAGUACAAGGAGGUGGCAGACGUCAAUUUAUGGGGAACUGUCAGAGUGACCAAGGCUUUCCUGCCCCUGGUUCGCAGAGCUAAAGGUCGUGUGGUGAACAUCACCAGCAUGUUAGGGCGGAUGGCCAGCCCUUCCCGCUCCUCCUAUUGCGUUUCCAAGUUUGGCGUGGCAGCCUUCUCCGACUGCCUCCGGCAGGAAAUGUACCGCUGGGGAGUCCGUGUUAUCCUCAUUGAGCCCAGCAACUUUGUAGCUGCUACUGGCAUUCUGACGGCUGAGAGCAUCGAAGCCCAAGCAGAGGAGCUAUGGAGAGGAGCCAGCAAAACUGUCCAGGAAGACUAUGGGAAACCGUAUUUCACGCGCCAGAUAACCCUGAUGAAGUCCUUCAUUAACAGCGGCCUGAAGGACAUGUCCCUUGUCCUGAACGACAUCACGGAUGCACUUACUUCCAAGUACCCGUACACCCGGUACAAUCCCAUGGAGCCCCACUGGCGCGUGAGGCUGCACGUCAUCACUCACCUGCCCACCGCAGUUGCGGACUGGCUGUAUAUUUACUGAGCCACACUUUAAAUAACUGGCCUGACAGCACCCACUCACUGCGUGUAUUCGGAUCUUAAAACUGAUCAGUGGUAGGUAGAGAUGGGCGGGUCCGGAACACCACGUCUCUCUGCACGAGGUGGUUUGGGCAGGAUCGGGGCUUCAGAACACAUAGGCUAUGGCUAUACUUGCACUUCAAAGCGCUACCGCGGCAGCGCUUUGAAGCGCUAAGUGUAGUCAAAGUGCCAGCGCUGGGAGAGAGCUCUCCCAGCGCUGUCCGUACU